AUUAUCUGCAGUGGUAUCUCUCCUGGAUUUGGUUUGCUCAUUACAGUUGUAGACUCCAGAAUGCUACCUUUUGCAGUUAAUUAAGCUGCGGUGUACAAUAACAAUACAGAAAUGUAGACCACAAUAAUAAUAGGUACAAAUGGAUUCGCAAAUAGUAAUUAAUAAAGAAGAUAGUAUUGAUAAGCAGAACCAAUCAUUUAGUUAUAUUGCAAUUCCUAUUGAUGCUUUAGAUUUAUCAAAUCAAGAGGUUCAAACAUUCCUUUCACAAAAUAUUAUAGUAAAAUCGCUACCUGACAAUAAAUUUUGUGUUGUCGAAACAUCCCAGAAUACCACCCGACCUACUGUAAUUGAAUAUGGUUGUAAUUCUGAUCCAACUGACUUACUUCAAAAUACACACAUUACGCUUUCUACUUCUGAGAACAACAACAUCAUACAGCAAGAACUAGGACAAAAUACAAGUCCCAAAGAUGUCCAAAACAAGAAGAAAAAAAAGUUCCAGUGCAAUGUUUGUUCAACAAAAUUUAAAAAUCCCCAAUACUAUGAAAAUCAUAUGGAACAGCAUCACAAAAAAAAGAAAUACAAAUGUGAUCAGUGUUCUGCUAGCUUUAAUGUACAAGACAAUUUUAGGAUUCAUACAGCAAUGCAUACUAAAGGUGAACCUGCUUGCCCUUUGUGUGACAGAAAAUUUCAAAGAUUAGCGAGUCUUAAAUCUCAUCUUCUUUUGCAUCAAAUUGAAGAAACAUUUACAUGCAGUGAUUGUCAAUUAGAAUUUGAAAACGAGAUGUCUACUCUUGUUUAGGACGAAUUUAAUGACCAUGUAGCUUGUCAUCUAAGUGAUUUAGUAUCUAACAGAUCAGAAGGAACAACACUGAAG